UAGUAGCAGAACAACCUGAUCCUCUAGAAGAAGAUGAGUUACCGAUUUUUGAAGAGAGCAUAUGAAGCAGUGUCGACCUUCUCUUUCUUCUUGCUUUAUCUACAAAAACAACCAAACUAGAACAAGCCCAUGUUGUAGUCUGCUACUAGAACGCCUAGGGGGCGAAUUUUGCUACUGAAACACACACACAAACCACACAGAUAUGGCAAUGGAGGCAGGAAGGAACUUGCUUUCUUCAUCUCCACCAUUUCCUCCACGAACCCAUCUUAGAAAUUGUCCUUCUUCUUCUAAUUCUUCAGUUUUGAUGCUUCAUGAGCAACCGGCUCCUGCACUUACCUCUGUACCAACUACUUCUUUAGCUCGACAUUUUCCUACCUCAGUUCUUCUACAAGAGCAGCGCGAUGAGAGUAGGCCUUUCUUGCACGUAACGAAGGACGAUAGAAUAUCCCAGGUAACAUUGGAUAGUAGGCGGAUGGAAACUGGGUCCUCAGUACAUGAAGAGGAUAAUACUGUUGAUUCUUUUCAAUACCUUAAGGAUUUUCAACACCAGUUGCUUAACUGGCCAGGUUUAUCGUAUUUAUUGCCAUCCUUACAGACUGGGGAAACACCAUCCUCAACUGCGCAGUCUGUUCCAAGUAAAACAAACAAGCUUAUGGAUGUUGAACCACAUAAUGUGGUUGCCCUUGCUAAGAAAGCUUUGUCAGCCUCAAAACAAGCUGCCUUAUUAACCGAGAACCCACAAUUAUUUGGAGUUGAACUUGAUGAGACUCUUUCUCCCAGUACAAGCUCCAAAAAUUUUGUUAAUGUUUUAACGGAGGGAGAGAAAACAGUAAGGUCAACGCGUCUUCUUGAGAGGCGAUCUAAGAAAAGGGGGGUGCCAAAGCCAAAAGUUAGGGUUCAUGAGACUAGCAACUCUGGGAAAGCAGAUUUGAAACGAAAAAUGAGUGAAGCAUUUGAUCCAAAUGACCCCCUCCGAUUGUUCUUGUGGGGUCCAGAAACAAAACAACUUUUAACUGCAAAAGAAGAAUCUGAAUUGAUUGUUCAGAUCCAGGAUUUAAUGGCAUUAGAGGAAGUGAAAAGCAGGCUUCACUCUCAGUUUGACCGUGAACCAACAUUGGUUGAAUGGGCUCAAGCCAUUGGACUAAGCUGCCGGGCCUUGAAAUCUCAACUUCACGGUGGAAACAGCAGCCGAGAUAAGUUAAUUUAUGCUAAUCUUCGUUUGGUGGUUCAUAUCGCUAAACAAUAUCAGGGGCGUGGUCUCAACCUUCAAGAUUUAUUGCAGGAGGGAAGUUUGGGUCUUAUGAAAAGUGUAGAGAAAUUCAAGCCACAAGCUGGUUGCCGAUUUGCUACUUAUGCCUACUGGUGGAUAAGGCAAGCAGUUAGGAAGGCCAUAUUUCAACAUUCUAGGACAAUUCGUUUACCAGACAAUGUAUAUGGCCUCCUGCGCAAGGUGACAGAAGCAAAGAGACUAUGCAUUCAAGAAGGAAAUCAUCAACCAAGUAAAGAGGAAAUUGCAGCUCGUGCUGGUUUUACAGUUGAGAAGUUGGAAAGGUUGCUAAUUUCUGCAAAAAUGCCUCUUUCAUUGCAACAGCCUGUGUGGAUGGACCAAAAAACUACUUUUCAGGAAAUUACUGCUGACAGUGCGAUUGAGAUCCCAGAUGUGAGCGUGGGAAAGCAGCUCAUGAGGCGGCAUAUCCGCAACCUCCUCAGCAUUCUCAGUCCUAAAGAGAGGAAAAUUAUCAGGCUGAGAUUUGGCAUCGAGGAUGGUAAGCCAAAAUCACUGUCUGAAAUUGGUGCUGUUUUUGGGUUGUCUAAAGAGAGAGUCAGGCAGCUGGAGAGCCGAGCACUGUACAAGCUGAAGCAAAGUCUUCGCAGCCAAGGGCUGGAUGCCUAUACAAAUAUGCUUGUCUAGACCAAGCGAUUCAUUUCAACAGUUUUUGUUCUUACAAGUGCGAAAAAGGGCACUAAGCUGUUACCCUUCUGGCUCUUGGAGUUGGAGGGAACUUGUAUUUUUUUGGACGUUGAGGUGAAUGUGUAUUCUACCAUUCUGUAAGUGACCGGAGUGUACAUAUUACUGAGCCUCUCUCUCUAUAAUAUAUUACUGGACCUGUUGGUCUAUCAAGAACA